CAUGGGCACCUAGCCAGGCGACAACUAAGAUAGCAGGACUAGUACCAUGACAGAUCCAUAUGAUGUGAAGCCUGGAAAGCAAGGACCUGCGGGUGGAAGUGUCAACAAGGCAGCGCCACCCACACCCAUUGGCUAUUCCAGACGAUGGGACCAUGGUAAACCUUUGGAUGACCCAGUUUACAAGACCAAGAAGAUUCCAGCAGCUUUGUUGCCAGUCUUCCCACAGGACUGGAGGUCUGCAGGACGAGCUUUGCUGUGUUUGGGCAUGGCUGCCCUUGAAGGAUUUCGAUUGAGGUCCAAAGGUGCAGUUCUAAAGUGGCAAAAAGCUGGAUUUUGCAGCAAACUUUGCUCAGAGCAAUGUGCCAAGCAUCCAAACCGGCUUUUUUGCGCUUGGAGGGCACAACACACAGUGCAUGAUCAUCACAACCGCUUGGAUGGCUUGCUUUUAAGCUACAAGGGAGUUGUUCACUAUGACGACCCCAAGAAGCCGAUCUUCCGGGUACUGAACAAAGUCGCCAUCAAGAACAAAUUCAGGUCGGAGAGGAUGGCGUGGGAUGUCUCUGAGGGUAUGUACACCUUUGUUGACAGGGAGACAAUUCACCCUGGCUUUGGAAUCAGAGCUGACCGUGAUGAGUCUCACUAUGUGGUCGGUGAAGAGACGUAUGACUCAGAAAGUGACCUUGAGGCAUCUUCCGCAGAUGAAGAUUCCGAUGGUGAUGGUCUUGCGUAGAGAGUGA